AUGAUGAAGACUGCAGUAAUGUUCAUAUUAGUAGUCGUGAUCAGUUUGACGUAUUCAAGCGAGGAGCAGGAGGUAGCGCGCACGUACUGCGGCCGACACUUGGCGAAUAUACUCGCUUACGUGUGCUUCGGAGUGGAGAAACGCGGCGGUGCGCAGUACGCGCCUUACUGGCAGGAGACAUACUUGCGAUCUCGCAAGGGACCCGGCGUAGUGGACGAAUGUUGUUUCCGCCCUUGCAAACUAGAGGUUCUCAAAUCGUACUGCGGUGUGUAA